AUGCAGCCCCAGACGAAGUUAAACGAACGUAAAAAAAUAAAAUUAGAUAAUCUCUCUAUGAGGAACGUAUUGGAACUGGUUCAAGGACAUGAAAUGGAUGCAUGGGGGAUUUGGAGCCAUGAAAAAUUCAAUCAACGUAAAUGUCGCAUAUGUCGUCAGAUUGUUGAUAGGAGAUAUCACUUUUGUCCUCAAAAGUUCUGGGACGUGAAGGAGGAAUGGAACAUUCCACCCUUUGAAACUGAGAGAGAAGAUCCUGGUUACUUCCCUCUCAUUAAUGAGUUUCCAAAAUAUUAUCCUAGCAGUUAUAACCGUAUUUUAAAAUAUCACGAAAAAAAAAGUAAAAUAGAAUAUUUGAUGCGUAUUCUUUAUGGCAAUGAUAUCAUCCCAUAUCGAAUAAUGAAUAAAUAUGAGUCGCCCCAAAAAGAACACCACCCAACACCUAAAGUGCAUACACUGCCAGAAAAGUGUAGUUCAAUAGAAAUUGAGGAACAAAAAGAGGAAUUAGAAACCAAGACACCAAAAGAAGGUACUGUACAAACAAUACACAUCACUCAAUUCUCUCUUGAUUUAUUAAAGGGAAAGAAAGUAGUUUUUAAGAGGUCAUGGCGGUAUUAUCACAAUUGGAAGUGGAUGAUUUCGAUGGCCGAAGACGAAGAAGAGGAAAAACUUUCAGAAAAUAAUGACGAAGAUAACCCUAUAAAGACAGCCACCCAGCCAGUAGAUGAAUCUAAUGUUGAUAAUUUGCAAACAAAAAAUGAUAAAACAAGUCCUGAAGAAGUUUUGACAGAGGAUUCUGUCAUACCUGGUAUCCCUUCAGCAACAAUUAAAGCUUGGCGUGCCAGAUUGGAAUACAUUAGAACGAGGAGGCAUGUAGGCAUUCAAUGCCCGUCCAAUGUUGACACCAUACACAAGAAAAGAAUAACGGAUUUGGAUUAUGAAUUUGAAUUCAAACCCAGAAAACUAAAGAAAAAACGAAAAUCGAAUAAAAAAAAGCCAUAUAAACCUAGAAUUCGUCGAAGACUUGACAAAAAAGUAAAACGUAGUUAUAUUAAAACGUAUGAUAUGGAGCGAUAUAUGCUUUGGAAAAAAAAGAUUGCUGCUGAAGGCAACACCUGUUUUGAUAGUUUAUCAACUAAGUCAAGAUCUUGCAACGAAAAAAACAUGGUAUAUAAUAGGAACAAAGUAAAAAAUGUUGAUGGUGAUUUUCAUAAAAAAUCUCACAAUAAAUCAUUGGAAGAACUUUUGCCUGUACAGAUCUUAUUUGCUCAAACGGUCGAUAAGAAACCAAAAGAAGUUGUUCUUCCAUCGAAUGUUGAAGACUCUUCAGCUGUUCAAUUAAGCCAUGACCAUAAGAAGGAUAUAUUUCCAAUAUCAUCAAAUAAUCAGUUUGACAAGUAUCCGAGCUCAAUGCAUAUUCAAUUGAUCGGCAGAAAGCCAAGAAAAAUGAUUUUGGAACCCAAUGUUGCAGAUUCGUCAAGAUUUCAAUUAGGUAAUGACAUCGGAAAUGGCUUUUACAAAAUAUCAUCAAAAAAACAAUCACUUAUGUCUUGUCAUAGAUCAUCAAAUAUUAAAUUAGUCGAUAACACAACAAAUCAAGUUGUUUCUGAACCUAAUAUGGAAUAUACAACAAAUAUUCAACCAAUCCAUAUUUUUGAAAACAGUUUUAACGUAUUGAGAUGUUUAAAAAACAAUAUGUCUAGCAAAAAACAAGUCCAUUCCAUUAAUGAUGACACUAAUGAAAUAACCAUCAGCCGGUAUAUUGAACCAGAAAAUCGUUUCCUUAAAGCUGAAACUAAAAAAGUUAAACCUUGCGGUGAUCUAGUAAAACAUUUCCCAUCUUCUUUUUUGAAGGGAUGUGAACAAGAUGACUGCAGUGAUUCAGUGGCAAGUAGCCAGAAGGAGAAAUCCUUCCUUAGUUUGAUGACGCACCCACGUAGUGACGUUGCAAUGGAUUUUUCGUCCGUGAAGGAUAAAUAUAAGCAUAAAUGUCAGUCUAGUUCUCGCACUUCUGGAAAACCGUCUGGGAAAACGAAUGCGAAUAUCGCUCCCGCAAGCUCUAACAACAAGCCUGAAAAACGCUUUAAAGUGUGCCUGUCAGGCAUUGAAUCUAGCAGUUCAAGCGAAAUAGUGAAAAAAAAUAAGAAAGUCAAUUCUGUAUCAAAACGCCACAAAGUCUUCCACAUCAGUAAAGAUCGCCAAAUCAAUUCUUUUACCCAUACUAAAAUAACGUUGAAAUGUAAUAAAUGGGCUAUUCAAAACUUUCCUAUCUUAAAAGCUUCCAAAUAUGAAAAAUACUAUCGAAACAAGCAAUCAUCAGAAGAAGUUGCUAAGAAGUUGCUUCCUGUUAGUUCUCCUGUCUUCAGAGAGUCUAUUGAAGAAACUACACAGGAAACUGUCACAGACACUCCUACAGACAUAGAAUAUUCUAUCUCAGAAUUGGUUAGUACAUCUACACCUCUUGAAUAUUCAGAAAUAACAUCACCUCUUCUAAGACCUAUCGCUAGAGAUACUGGCAGAAGAACAAUCGCUGACAGAUGUAUGAAAUUAUUAAAAGAAAGUAAACUUCUCCCUCCUAAGUAUUGCAGGUGGAAAGAUUGGUUAGGCCUAUCUCCUCAGGAAAUUGAUUUCUAUAGUGAAAGCAGCUUUUUAGAUGAACUUGUAGAAGUGAUCAGUGAUAUUGAAAAAAAAAGCGAAAAACAACGUUUAAGCAUUCAUGGUCAAGUCAGGUCAACUUCACCUACCAUGUUAGCUGCAAUAGGGGAAAAAGAGUUAGCAAUUAAAUAUUGUGUACGUAUUGUAUUUUUAUAUAUUUAG